AUGAGCAGCAACCAGCAAGCCUCUGGCAGCGCCCAGAACGAGGACUACCUCGACAAAGGCCUCGGAGCGGCAGAGAAGAGAUUCGGCCAAGGCAAAGUCGAUCCUCAAAAGAUGCGAAGCACCAACGAGAAGAUCACCGACGGUGCGAGAAACAUGUUUGAGAAAGUGACUGGAAAGAAAGUUCCGGAAAAGUUCUCUAAUUGA